AUGGACGGGAGUGGAGUCGUAAAUCUGAACAACGGGACGGAGGACAACAACUGGGAGCCCUUCCGCGAGAAAGUGUGGGCCACCGCCCUCGCCGUCGCCAAACUCGAUCCCCAGUCCCAGCCAAAGAACGAACGAGACGCUACGUUCGGGAUGACGGCUAUCCCGGUGCACAAGUUUUGCGCGUCGUACCUGUCGUCCGUUGGAGGCACCCACACAGAGGUCGACCAGAUCUGUCUUUCCGUCAUCUUCUCCGACCACGGCGAGGAAGAAGAGGAGUUCCCGCUGGUGUCGAAGAAGCAGUGGUUCCACGGCAAGCAGAGCAGGCAGGCGUCAGAGCGGCUGCUGAUGGAGUCCGGCCGCGAGGGCGACUUCCUCAUGCGGUACUCGUCCGUCGAGGGCGCCUUCACCGUGGACUACAUCAAGCGCCAGAAGAUCUGCCACUUCAACAACAUCCGCAACGACGCCGGCGGAGGCGUGUGCGUUCUCGUCGGCAAGACGCCGGAGCAGCAGAAGGCGUACAAGUUCACGUCGAUGUCGGCGUUCAUCACGAAGAACGAACACAUCUUCGUCAACCCGUGUCUCAACCCGCGCUCGCACUUCCAGUGGCUCAAGCUCCGCAUCCCCGACAACCCGUCGGAGCGGGGUGCCGAGGCCAAGGCCGACGUCGACGAAGACGAGGAGGACUCGUCCGACGACGAACACGAAGACCCCAGCCAGUCGAAGGUGCCGUUGGAGGAGCGGAUCAAGAACGCCAUCCAGAACUCGUUCCAGAAGCACAAGACCACGCUCUCGCUCAAGAACCUGGGCAUGGGACCCACCCUCCCGCUCCACAUCUGCCGCCUCAACUACGUCGUGUACCUGGACCUGAGCCGGAAUAAGCUGACGGAGCUUCCGGAGGACCUGUCGGCGCUGCGCCUGCUGAAGCGCCUCAACGUGAGCGCCAACAAGCUCACGUCGCUGCCCGGUUCGAUCUUUGCGUCGUUCCCGCGGCUGCACUCGCUGAUCGGCGCCGAGAACCAGAUCACGGAGAUCCCGGAGGGUCUGUUCAAGGCCACCACCCUCUCCUACCUCGACCUCUCCUCCAACAAGAUCUCCAAGGCACGCACACGCACCACACCACCGCACACGCAUCACCGCACACGCACUACGGCGCACGCGCCAUGUGUGCCGGCGGCGGUGAACGAGCUGACGCAGCUGGGCUUCCUGGAGUUGUCCAACAACCAGAUCGACGCGGUGCCCGCCCUCGACAAGCUCGAGAAGCUCGAGGAGCUCUACGUCAACGACAACCAACUCCGUGAAAUCUCCGGCUCGUUGGCGUCGUUGCCGGCGUUGAUGCACCUGGACAUCUCCAGCAACCAGGUGACGCACAUUCCCAAGGAGAUCCUGAGCCUGGUGAGCGACAACAACGCCUUCUGCAUCGUGGUCGACAACAACCCGCUGGUCGAGGAGGACAAGUCCAAGCUGCUGGCCCUCCUCCAGGCCAACAAGAACCGCGACCGCGCCGAAUCCCGCACCAAGGGCUCCCGCGACAUUCUCGGCGUGAUCCGUGUGAAUUCUGAGAAGCUGCAGGAUGUGGCGACCAAGUCCCGCAGCCGCGCGAUGCCCAGCGAGGGGAGCGCCACCUUGCGUCCGCACAAGGACAAGGAGCGAGGAGGGGGCGACGACGACGGCGAUGGCGAGGGCCGGUCGCAGGGCAAGUCCAUGUGGACCAACGGCUUCGGCUUCAAGAUCGAAGAGGGACGAGGGCCGAGGCCGCAGUCCAAGGACCUGCACCUGCAGGAGCACAUCAACGUGUUCGACUACCGCCGCUACUUCUACCACCAGACCGUGCACGCCAACAUCAUCGGAAACGACAAACAGCUGGGCCAGAUCUGCAUCUCCAUCCAGAAGGAGCCCACGAUGAGCACGAUGGUGAACCUGGGCGAGCAGCCCUACCCGGUGUACCGCGUGCUCCUCCGCACCAAGCAGAACGAUCGGCGCCUCGAGAUCAGAGCGGCCGAAGUCAAGAUCCGAAAGAAGGAAAAGUACGCCCGAUCCGACGACCUCAUGGACGCGCUGAAGAAGCUGCUGCAGCCGUUCUCGCCGCGGCACCUGUGGGUCAUCCGCGAUAAGCGCUCGCACCGCGAGUUCGCCCUCCUCGAGGACAAGCUCAAAAGCAACUGCUCCAAGUUCGGCGUGAUCUACGGCAGGGACGGCCAGGACGAAACCCAGAUGUACAACAAUGAACACGGCAGUGAAGUGUUCGAAGAUUUCCUGAGCUCGCUGGGCGACCGCAUCAACAUGAAGGGCUGGGACAAGUAUCGAGGCGACUUCUCCAACAAGGCCGACCAGAAAUCGCUCUACACUGUGUUUGGCGACCACGAGAUCAUGUUCCACGUGAUGACGUACAUCCUGAUGAUGAAGAACACCGACCAGUACGGCCAGCAGUGGGAGCGCAAGCGGUUCAUCGGUAACGACAUCGUCGUCAUCGUGUUCUACGAGGGCAAGAAACCGCUGGACCCCAACAUCUUCGUGUCGAACUUCAACCACGUGUUCGCCCUCGUCGUCCCCGAGGAGAGGAACGGCACCACCUACUACGCGCUGCACAUGGCCUACAAGGUCGGCGUCGCUGAGUCGAAGCCGCCGCUGCCCGAGGAGGCCGUCUGGGAGCGUGGCCCCGAGUUCCGCGAGUUCCUCCUGACCAAAUUGAUCAACGCCGAGCGGUGCGCGAUGUCGGCGACCCAGUUCAGGCGGCCGCAGGAGAAGGUGCGAGCCGAGCUGUUUGAGAAUCUGCAGACCAAGUUCCCCAAGAAGUCCGCCCGCGGCAUUGCCCGGAGUAAGGCGACCGACGACGGGAGCCAGAUCUCGCCGGAGUACCUCGACAAGGAGACUGCCGAUGCCAUUGCCCAAAUCAGGGGCUGA